GCUAAACUACAGGGAAAUCAACAAGAUGUCCGACCACUCCAAAGAGAUCGAUUUUUCCAACUUUCUCGUUCGCGAAUUCGAAAUCGACGGACAGAAAUGGGAGUGCUAUCAUCCUCCCUACAACAGCGAGCUAACUGGCUUCAUCAAGGGUGAGGAAGAUGACACGUACAUCGAAGACGAGGACGAUAGUAACAGAGCUCCGACUACGCCGUCUACUUCUCUCGUCAAACAAGGUGAAGGUGAAUGUAAAGGUGAAAAUCCCAGCAAUGCGACUGCGAACGUAAUAUGAAGCGAAAAAGUGUACUCAUCCUCAAGAAAGUAGGCACUUUCUAAGUAGGAAGAAGCCUCUUUUCUUGAGUAUGAGUACACUUUUUCGCGUCAUACGUAAAAGUUGAUGUUGAAAUCGAAUUACUCCUUGGGAAGUUGAACUUCGCAGGUGCAAAGAGGCGGUUUGGACUUCCGGUUUACCAUGUUCACGGUUCAGCCCCACUAGAGGAAGAGACGAAACUCCAGACUUUCCUACGAUACAUGGGCUUGGCUUUUCUGUAUCCUACGUCGUGGACAACUCCUCCUACGGAAGUAGUUGGUCGUGUUGCUGUUGAUGACAAUCUCAAUCUUCAUGGAGAUGUUGGAACAAGUACAGAAUUGUCUUCCUCUUCUGAUCAGGUCGGUGCCGCAGGACGACGAGAAUCUUAUUCAGCAGCUAAGAAAGGCGAGAACAAGGAGAUGAGAUUUCAAAAUGCCAGCCACAUCGCGACGUCGUGGCAUGAAAAGCUAUGCAAAAAAAAACGGAAGAAAGUAGAACGCCUCUACCUCGGUGACAUCUUGGCAGGUUCGGAGAUAUGUGCGAUUGGUGGCGUCCCUGUUCUCGACGGCCAGCCUGAUUUGACGAACGAUGAGGCCGUUGUCGCACAUUAUCUUAAGGCUUAACGAGUACCCUAGCUAUAGAUAAUCGUAAUCCAUCUUGAUGUUUGUAGAACAGUUCUAGCUCUACUGAAGCAUCCUGCAAAGGAAAAAGAGGAACAGGAUGCUUCCCAAGGUGGAUCAGGGUGAGCUCUAAUUACCGUGCGCUUAUUCGUAAGUCUUUGGAGGGGUAUGGAUAUGUCACGGUUAGCGCAACUAGGAUGCACCUGCCGGCAAACUUUGGGCAUUUAUUGCACGCAGUCUACCGUUUUUCCAUGCACUCAACGCUGAAGAUUGGCGACCGGCUUCUGGUCCUCCUUGGACUUUUACUGCACAAUGCAGCUUGGCUCUACUUGCCGAUGAUGGACAAGAAGGGUAAGCAUAAGCCUUCUACGAUGCUGGUAAAAUCACCCAGUUUGCUUGAUAGGACAACAAUUCUGCAAGAUGAACCUCAGCUUCUGCGAGAAGGGUCCUCAUCUAGAAGUAAAAAGAUAGCAGAAGGACAAACACAAAAGGAGAUGAACUCAACAACAUCAAUGAUCUCCAAAAAUACAAAACCUCGAGUUUCCUACCCGGUUCAUGACGAAAAAGCUUUUACACAGUACUACUUUGGCCACCACUGGGACCCGCGCUUGAAAUGGCGGCACAUCAGACCCAUUUUCUUUUCCCAUAUUAAGAAAGAUGAACAGUUUUUUGGUUUUUCAUCGUACUGCUGGCGUGAUACUUUUGUGUGACAGGGAGACAUCCUUCUAAAGGGUUCGUUGUCGGAAAAAACUUCGCGGGUUAAGCAUCAGAGUCCUCACUCAACAAGUAAGUAAGUACGAUGAACAACUAUUUUCUGCUCCAACUUGACCUCCUUGCUUAUUCUCUUCCUGCUUGCCUUCGAAGUGUUGAAUCAAAUACCGGUUUUCCACUCGUAUGCGAUCGUCGCUCGGCUGCAGACUCGCUUUGAAGAGACGAGGAAAGCACGCGGGUCGUUACUGCAAGAAUGUGAAGAAAGCGACGUAGGACUACAACAACCUGACGAGCAGACGAUGGGAGACGUGAACGAAACUACAGCAAAGAUGGGAACCUUGGAGGUGAACGAAACUACAGCAAAGAUGGGAACCUCGGAUUAAGGCUCAACUUUCAAUGGUCACCAUUUAGAUUGGAGUGACUGAGAUCGAAGAGGCGACCCCUUGAGAGAACCGGGAAAAACGAAGGGAAAGGGGAGAGCUUUGAAGGGGGUCGCUUCCGUUCAGAGUCCGUGGCCACUGAGUGCUGAGCUUUAAUCGAAAGUGAACGAAACUACAGCGAGGGAUAGUACUUCAACGGCUUCUGCUUCAUCGAACUGCUACGACAAAGUGGGCAAUCCAGCAAGCGACGUUCCGGAAUUCCUACAAAAUGAGAAACUACCUUAUCGUUUCUCAGACUACCUGCGGGAUAGUGAAUUUAACGCACACCACAACUCCUUCCCGAACAUCAGGAAAGCAGUAAGCGUUUACAGAGAUAUCGGAUCACAGGUCCUGCGUCACCGCAGGAGAGAAGUAGCUGACUUUCUGGGAGGUCUCGUCCAAGCAGGAGAAGUAGAAGAGAAGAGCAUGCAGUACUUUCCUCCAUGUGUCCUAGAAGAGAAGAACAUGCAGUACGUUCCAGUUGAUUCUGAUGUCGCCGUAUGGUCAACAUUUAGUGUCCAUCAUUCUCGGCAUCUUGGUCCCCUUUUCCCUUGUAUUAUUCCUAUGAAAUGCUACAAGGGUAGUAAAGGGGUCAAGAUGAGGCAGCCGAGAUGCAAUCUAGCAGACUCUAAUCUAUACAACUGGGAAAACGUCUGAAGUAGUUGAACGCGAACCAGCUGAGGAAGAUGAACAUCAAAAACACAAGAUCAACAAACAGAAGCAAUUGCAUGAUGUUGAACAAGCCAGACCACAUCAAGGCGAAGACGAUAUUUUCGGUUUCUACCGAUCACUCGAGACACUUCGAUUUCUCUUCACGACUACAAGUACAACGUCCAUAUUUACAACUUGGGAAGAGUUUCUUCUGAAGUUCGACUUGAUGUGGUACCGGAAGAGCCUAGAACUUUGGCCAAAAGUCAUGGAGGAAACGGAGGGCAUAUACGAAACACUGUACGGAGAGCUGCUUAAGAUUCCUCCUGUUAAGGCUUACGACAAUCCAUCUCCUGAAGCAUAUUUUUGCUCUACAACUUGGAGUAGUUGCCCGCCCAUAUUUCUAAGGGGAAAACAGCUCCAAGAUGGGAGAUCGCCCCCCCCCAAUCCACAAGGGUGGAGAGAGCUCUAAUCCUGGAGAUCCGAUCCCGGACAGAGUUUGGCCUCCAUUCCCAGUCCCGAGAUUUGUCGACGUUUUUGAUGUAGAACGGUUUUCAGCGUUGACUCCUGUAUAUAUUCGAGGUUGGAACGUCAUCUUCUUCGGCGAACACCGAUGGCUAGGAGCUUUCGCGCAUGCAAACUUUGCGCACUUUCUGACCAACAUCGCCUUGUUGUUGUAUGCUUCCCUCUUUGUGGAGAAGAUUUUUUUCUCUCAACAAGAGUGCUGUGGUGUUUAUUAUGGUCACGACUUAGAAAAGCUGGAUCCCGCCUUCAGGGACCACUGUUUCAUCUCACUAAUGACUGAGGGUAGUCAUUUGAGAUGCACACAUGACAUCCCUCGUAGAUCGAUCCAGGAAUUUUAACCAUUCAUGGUGAUGGAAAUGGAAAACAAAAAGUGCCCAGUCUCAACCUCGUCUGGUGCUCCUUCACGGUGCUCAUGUAUCUGUUCACCGUUCCGAUCGGAUUCUGGGCGCAUCCGACGGCGCCGCUGGAGCUUGGAGCAUCGGGAAUAGUAGCCGGAUUCUGUGGAGCUGCUAGUGCGCUUGUGGUGUGGAAGAGCAUCAGCAUGUUCUAUGAAAACGCCUCAAAGACGAGCUUCAGUUAAGGAUCAACUUUCCUUGGUCACCAUUUAGAUUGGAGUCACUGAAAUCGAAGAAGGCCCCCUGGAGAGAACAAGGGAAAACGAAGGGAAAGGGGAGACGAGUCUUGGAGGGGGUCCCUGCCGUUCAGAGUCAUGAUGACCAAGGAAUGCUGCGCUUUAAUUCAAGUCGUCCUCGUCCAAAGAGGAAGAGCAUCAAGAAGAACGCCCUGAAGAAACAUUGAACGACGAAGACAGAAAGAGGGAGACAUACCUGGACGACGCCCUUUUCAAGUAUCCAAACCUGGUAGAGUUGUGCUUGCGCAUAUUUGGUGUGGGAUUAUGUAUCAGCUUCAUCGCGCCGGACCCUCCAGUUCUUAUGUUGCUUCCCUUAACAAAUUAAUCCAUCUUAAUAAUGGGGUUAAAUUGCUCCAUCUUGUUAUUCGGGAAAGGCAUCUUCUGACCACUAAUCAACGCACGUUAAGUAGAGCAAGGCCACCACGGUCUUGUGCUAAGCCCUAAGCCCCCAAGCGGAGAGAACGAGGAAUAUAGGUCAGUUCUAAGAAGUUCUAAGCCUUGGGUUUAGGGUUAGGGUUCUAAGUGUGUCUCCACCAGUUCUAAGUGUGUCUUCUUCUCAAGAUCACCUCUAUUUAAAAGUUGCUGCUCUAAAACAAUAGGACGCGUAUUGAUGGGAGCGUUGUACGGAGAUAGUAUGACUCCAUCGCACGCGAUUCACAACUGCGGAUUUGUUGCGGGGAUUGUGGUGGCUGGUGGAUUCAUCUCUGUCGUGACGUGAGGUGUGGAUUGCCGUACAACCAGAAUGAACUGGCAUGAUCAUGAUGAAGCAGCUUUUUGCACCUUCAACUUGAAGAGAAGAUAAAAGGGAACAGCGUACUAGAUAGUUCUUGUAGAAGACGUCGGGAAAUUAUGGAGCAAUCGAAGCUGUGAGUUUUGUUUGCUUUAGUACGCUCACACUGAUUUACUGUCAGACCACGUCUCUACGGCAAUCAUGAACGACGGCAACAGGGACAACGGCAUGCAUGCGCUACAGUGAGUGUCGUUUUGUUCUUGGUUCUGAACGCUGUUAAAACGAAUCUGCAAUGCUGGGUCGUGUUGUGUAGCUAAGUAGUAGUCUUAGAAAAGUGCCAGCUUGAGGCGUCAACUCUCUGGCGUAACGCUACGCAGUCGAAGGUGACUGUACGUAGAACUUCUUACAACUUGUCACGCAGUCGUAAGGUACGCAGUUUAUUCUUUCAGUAGGUUCACUAGUCUUCAUCAGAUGCUUAGCUGGUACUAGACAAGGAGAACAACCGGGAUGUCAAUUAAGCUUCGGGCUCAAACAAGUGGGAAGUCGGUGCAUAAUGAGGUAGAGGAUGAGGCUUAUUCAAGAACGAAGAGGGUACAGAAAUUGUGUUUGUUCCCCCGGGGUAAUUUCUUUGUAGUUUUUUGAAUCGAGCAGGUGUCGGUGGAGCUCGAUGUGCAGGAUCCAUGUUGGCCUAAACUAACCUUCACAUUCACCGUCGAGGAGGAGACUCACGAAAGACCGUUGUAGACCCCCGUAACUGAUAUUUGCGGGCUCUAUUCCUUUUGUAUACAUCAACACCCC